AUGGCUUCCCCGAUGCUCCUGAUCAACCAUGACGCACUCCCUCCCGGUGUCGUUGUCCAAGAAGCCAAUUCAUCGAUGCCCCGUCGUACCUCUACCGUCACCGAAUCAGGAAAGCUCUCUCUUCAGUUGUCGCGCAGCCCGCCCCUCCACUCACCACCAGAUCAGGGGCAUACAAACCAGAGCGUUCGGCCCUCAAAAGUCUCGCUUGUCUGUCGUCCCCUCGUCGCUGGACCAUUGCGACAUGAGCAAACCUCUUUGGAAGCGUCCGAAACUCGACUGGUCAAGGGAGCUGGCCCUCAAUUGAGACGAUGUAUUCAAAGUAACUGGCAAAAGCCGUCGACUAACCUGCGCCUCGCGCCCGAUGCCGUCGACCUUUCAAAGACCGAUAUAUGGAAAGAGUGGAGAGGCAUGCUUCUGAAGGACAUGCCUUUCCUCCAAGUUCUGGCAUUCAUGCAGGCGCCCUUGACCUAUCCCCUGCAAAGAGACACAACAGCGCAGGAUCUUCCUCCGCAUGAUGUGUCGCUGCGGGUUGAGAUUGUUACUGGGUUCCUUACGAGGCCGUCCCUAGAUUUGGCCAGCGUGCUACCCUCACUAUUCCGCUCCCAUGACGAGACUCUGCAGUCAGCUGGAGCAUUGUCAUGGGAGAUAGACCCCUUCCACUUUCUCUCGCGCGCCAUCUUCCGUUUGAGUAAUUGCCUAGUUGAAAGGUCGCCGUUGUCUCGGGAAGAUCGGUUCAUGCACAAAAUCCUGUUCACUCGUAUUCCAGCAGCAGCCCUGCGAAUCCUGCUGCACAGUGACCUUCCAUCUGGGAGGGCUGCCCACAAGGAGUUGCUCAAACUGACAGCAUCGAUGGAUGACCAAGCAACAUUCUCGCUCAUGGCCUCUGAAUCUACAGCGAUUACGGAGAUGUCCCAACUCUCCAUAGUGAACCUCCUCUUAAAGCAUCGCAGCCGCCAGUGCCUAGAACUUGCCGUGCAGGGGCUUGCGCUCAACAUCAGCACAGCGACUGCAGUGGCGCGCCUUCUUGUGGACGCCAGCUGGGACCACCCAUACCUUCGGAGCCACUAUCGCCCACUUGUUCAAUGGCUGCAUUCGUAUUUCCUUGCGUCAAGCGCGGAGCACAUCCACACUGUCCAGAGCCAAACCCGCCUACGCAUCAGGGAGGGAUCUGACUCCCGUUAUCGCUUCGAUUUUUGCUUCGAUUAUCAUAGUCUUGCAAACAGCCUUCGCACGUGGGGCAUGUCAGAGCAUAUUGCUGAGCGCCUGGGCCUUCUGCCAGACCAGUACGCCGAGCGCACUCGGGAAAUCAAAAUCUUGCAGUGGGAAAUCGAAAAUCACGUUGCACCCUUGUUGCUGGCUAGCCGGAGUGGCCAGCGGCGGUGUGAUUGUAGUCUGUCGGAAGCUGAGGGCCUGGUAGUGUGUGCCUCUCUGCAAGACAUGUUGAAGCAGAUGAUCGGAACACAACAGUUUCACUGUUCUGCGCAGGAGAGCAGAAAUGCCGCGUCGACAUGGAAAUGGGCCUUGGGCACUCUUCUGUGGCAGAAGUAUGCUCAAUCCUACUCCAAGGGGCAUACUGUGCGCAGCGUCAUCGCACUACUGUCACUGCAGGAGUUAUUGCUGUGGGUUGUCGAUCAAUUGGCACGCUCCAGAACGUCGGAAACUUUGUGGACAAUCCUCGAUUCUGUUUUGGAUGCAGGCGCCACAUUCUGCGAGACAAGCCUUCGGCGUGCAGCUACAAGCUACAACAACCAGAGUCUAUUACAGCAUUUCCACCAAAUGGGUGCCGACAUCGCUGGGCUGGGUGCUCCUGCGCUGACUCGGGAACGUGGAGCUUGUCGCCUGGCUGCUCCAGACGGGGUUGAUGCCAAUGCCGUCAUCGACGUCGAAGGCAUACAGCAUACCAUCCUGGGAGCAUUCUUAGACGACGAACUUCGAGACUGGCCGUUUGCCAUAUGGAGUUGUCACGGCAAAGUAUUAAACAUGACAAAACUGCUCACAGAGGCAGGCACUCGAUUCCAGCACACCGGAAUCGAGUGUCAACCCUUCGGGGCACUUCGAGGACUAAUUUCGAGGAUUUUAGGUGAGGCCGAAUUGGCUCAGGCUCCAGAAGCCAUACGAACCUGGUGCGAUGAGGCGGCUCUCGUCAGUCCAGAGGCGAGCGUCCUUCUUGAAGCAUGCGUAGAGUCUGAAGCUUGGGAAGUGAUGCAGUUUCUGCUUGAUGCUGGAACUCCCGUGGCGAAUUCUCCCGUCCUCGCCACAGCCCUGUUGACAGCCGUGGCCGAUGGUGGGGAUGUUGAGCUCGCCAUGAUUUUGCUUGAAAAAGGGGCUGAUCCUAACCUGGCGCCGGGCUGCCGAUGGCCCAGUGCUUUGGACAGCGCUGCUGGUCGGGGGCGGCUCGACAUGGUGCAGCUGCUGCUCAACGCUGGUGGCACUAGUACACGACAAGGUGCAACAGCUUAUGACGGGGCGAUUGAGAUUGCCCAGCGGAGAGAUCAUGGCGAAGUGAGCGGCAUGCCCCAUAGAUACCUUGAGUAA